AGAGUAUGUAACCGCAACAUACUGAGAAAAAAUGGUUACCUGCUGCGUAAUUAAUUGUAAAAAGAGGUCUUCAACUUCAAAUCUACAAAAGGACAACAUUACUUUCCAUCGAUUUCCAAAAGAUCCAACUAUUCGAAAUAUCUGGAUGUGGGCUUGUCAAAAACAUGCCUCAUGGACUCCUACUCGUUGCAGCACAAUUUGCUCAAUGCAUUUUGAUACUAGCUGUUUCAUUUUUAAAACUAAUAACAAGAGGAAAUUGAAACCGAGUUCCGUGCCAACUUUGAAUUUAUCAAAGGUUGACCCAGGCGAAGAGUCUGAAUCCGAAACGUCUAUAAACAAAAUAAUAAACUUUGAAACAUCUGAAUAUUCCGAUCUACUUCAAACUCACGAAAAUGUGGAGCAUCUCAAACUCCAAACGUCGCAAUCGAAUACUUUUAACCCACCUAAUUUAGCUAUUAAAGUACAAUUAUUAGAGGAAUCACCAGGAAAAAUCAAUAAAUUAAAGAAGUGUCUACUGAUGAAGAAUAAAAGAAUAAAAAGUUUACAAUCACAAGUAAAAUACUUGAAGAAUAAAGUUGCAGAAAUGCAAGAAAUUCUAGACGAACUGACAAAAAUUGUCUGAUUAACAAAUAAGAACGACUAGUUUUAGAUAAAAGUUCCCGUCAUAAGUAUUACUAGAAAGUAAACAGUCGUGAACUAACAGCCUCUAAUAAAUAUUUUGUAUUUUUCACUAUUAUUAAACCCUUAAAUUUAUAUGUUUAUUCAAAUAAACUUACUUUUAAGUAAAUUUGCUUUUCUAGUGUAUAAUUUUUUAAGUAUA